UGAAGCGGCUUUAGUAAAAAAAUACUCUAUGCAUUUAUUUCAUUUAUCCCGCCGCCCGGUGAAAGCAUUAUCUACACUCGUAGCAUGUGCCGGCAUCUGUCAAAAUAUUUCUCCUCCCGUUUUGCUAGCAACUGAGUAGAUUGAUAGCACUAUCGUUUAUAACAACUGUUUAUAUUAUCAACCCAUUUAAAUUUAACUACACGAGAUGCUACAACACAUCAAAAAGUUAGUGAUUUAAAACAGAAUAAUACACCGAAAAACAGGCCGAAACACUAAAAUAGUAGGUAUGCUCGAGCGAUAAAAAAAGAAAAUGUUGGACUUAAGAGUGACUGUUAUAAUUUUUGUGACUGUUUUAAUGUGUAAAAGUCAGAAUUUUAUGGAAGAAUUUACAGAACACAAACAGAGGGUGGCUAAAUUUGUUUGCGAUGAACCUAUACCUAAAGUUUUGUAUUUACAAGAAUUAUUGACCAGACAAAAGUUAAAACAAUACGAGAUCUAUCUACCGUUUAUGAGACCUUUGGCCACGAUUCUCCACAGAUGUGAAGGCACCGGCUCGUGUGACACCUAUAACGAAAGAUGUCGCCCAUACCACGAAGCAAAAGUAAAAGUAGUCUUCAUAAUCAAAAAUAAUGAAACCAGAUACGAAACCUUCGAGUUCCAGAACCAUACGAAAUGUACAUGCGAGCCUGUGGGAUAUAACUAAUAGUACAGUCAAUGAGAGUAUUUAGCUCCGAAUUCCGUGCUAAAGCAUCAAGUUAUACGUGAUAUUUUCACAGUAAGUAGGGAAUAGCUCAAGAAACAAAGUCUACCUAUGCCAAAAUACGUUUUUAUCUUGGGGGUGGUUCCCACCCCUUCACGAGUGUAGAAAUUUGUUGGUCAAAAUAUCCCCGGGAGUCGUUAUAGGACCUAAUUUUAAUCAAAAAAGGUUGUAUAUUUUUUAUAAACUCAAUACUUUUUGAGUUAUUCGUGAUUAAAAAUUUGCAAUUUUGCAAUGACACCUUAUUGGACGUUUUUUUUUCGAAUAACUUAAAAACUAUGAUUCUACCAAAAAAAAAGUGUAAAAAAACAAUUUUAUAGCCGGAAUGGGACGUUUCGAUGCCGCCGGUUCAUCGCCGGCCCUUUCGAUGCCGCCGGUUCAUCGCCAGUCCAUUUCAUCGCCGUCAUAUCUCGCAUUUCCUAGAAUUCCUUAUUAAUACUAAAAAUAACUAAUAAUUGUAAUUGUCGAAAAUUCGGAAAUAUAUCAAAUAGCGAUUAAUUGACUGGCGAUGAAUCGGCCGGCAUCGGCAUCGAACUGGCAGCAUCGAAACGGCGGCGAUGAAACGUCCUAGACCCUUUUAUAGCUUGUGAAAAAAUGAAGAAAUUCAUUUCUUCAGAAAUCUUUUAAAUUUAAGAAAAAGCGCGAUAUGUUAGUGGAAAGUAGAUUUUUUUGUAAGUGCACAAAUCGGUUCAUUCAUCUUGAAAUAACAGAAAAAUUGUAUAUUUUAAAAAUUUUACGGUUAUAGUUCUGACAACUUUUACAGUGCUUGAAAAUACCUUUACAAUGAGCACCGUUAAAUGUCGAUUGUAUUCAAACUAAGCGAGAUACGAUGCAAAAAGAUUGAUCACUCAUGAGCAGUAUAUUUAACCCCACAUCCACCAGAAUUUAUGUAAAUACAUUGUUUUCCUUCUACAAUAUACUAUUUUUAAAUUCUCUUAAAAGUCUGCCUUUGUCGCCGUGUAAUUCGAUAAUGAUAAUACAUACGAAAAAAAUUUUAGUAUAGAAAUGUAGGGUUUUCUGAAAACAAUUUUAAUUUUUCAUAUUGCUGUAGCAAGAAAACUGUCAGAGAUAUGACUAUUUUAAAUUAUGUUGAUAGAGCGAGUAUCAUCUUUCUUGCUCCCCUUAAUUAUUUACCUUUUAAAAACUAAAUAUUUUAAAUUGAUAUGAUCAAUGUGAAUUUAUAUUCCUUCAAAUAUACUUUCAAAUGGUUGAGUGGAUACGGUAUAUUUGAAAUGAACUGAGUUAUUACAAAGAAAACAAACAACUUUUUUUUUCAAUUUUGGAGCAUAUACGAAUUUUGGCGCAGAUGUGAAUGGGAUCUCACAUCACAUCUCACAUCACAUCUACUCACUUUCCAUAGCUGCUAGUGAAAAGCACUGCUGUAAAAUUGGUAUCACUCGUACCUACAUUACAUGCUUUACAUGUACAUGUACAUUAGAUGCUUUGGAGUAGAUGUAUUAGAGUACAUUAAGAGUGUUUAUUACAAAAUACAAAUUUGGGUAGGUGAUAAAGCUGUCAAGUGUCAGUUUAUUGGGGAUGAAAUAAUGCUAAUGGAUAUUUACAAUCCACAAAAAUGCAUAAAUCACCUACGCCGUAGGAAUUACUAGAAAUAUUUUUUGCAGCUGCAAAAAAGGCACCUCGUACGUCAUGCACCUGCAGAAAUAUCGGGGUUUUUUGUAAUACUACAUGUGGGGGAUGUGCAGGUAUUGUUAAGUGCCAAAACAGUGCUAUGAUAUAUAUGAGAAAGAUGAGAAAGGAGCGAAUGAGAGUGGUGACAGUGAUGUAGAUUAGAAAAGUUAUUGAUAUUACUGCUUUUCUUUAAACGUCUAAAAAAAUUAUAUAUUUUUUUACACAUUUUCUAUAUAUUAUAUUUUUCUAUAUACACAAAGAUAUUUUUAUUUUAAAUGACAAAAAAGUAUCAAAGUCAAGUAAAUAAAGAGAUAAAUAAAUGACAUAAUCAAGUGUAGGUACUUUUUAUUUUUUUUAUUUUAUAUAGAUAAGGGUUGUUUUUAAAGGUUGAAAAAUGAAAAACGAAAACAUUGACCCAAAGUACCGCAUAAGCCCUUAAAGUAUAAAAAUUAAUUAAUGAUAAAAAUUAAUUAGUUUUUCUACAACCGUGUUAAAAAUGCAAUUUUUAGCACUCCAUACGUGCUUUAAAAAUGCUACUUUAAGGCACUAGUGCUUUAAAAUUUUUAUGGCACUGCAAUUCGUAUUGAUCGUAUAGGCAAUUUUGAUAUAAUGUCAAAAAAAUAUAAAAAUUGAAUAUCAGUCGAGUUCAAGUAAAAGUUUUUGUAGAUAUUGUCCUGUAAUUACGUUUGUAGAAAAAAUAUUGUAUGAUAUGCGUGUUAAGAAGUACAUUUUUAAGGCACUCGUGUGAAUUGCAGAACUCGCUUUCGCUCAUUCUGCAAACUUUCACAUGCGUGCCUUAAACGUGUACUUUUAACACUUAUAUCAUAAAUAACUAUUAAUAACUUCAUUUAACACUAUUAAAGCCUAAAAAGUACUUUGAUUUACGUUACAACUAGUUUUAUUCAAUUUUGGCAAUAAAGAGUAGUUUUCAUCCCUAAAAAAUAAUUAUCGGCAUAGGGUAGACGUUGAAUUAAGAAGUAAGUUGAGUCUAUUCAAAUUUCAUCAAAAUCGAUGCAUUAGGAUACAAAUCGGAGGUAAAAGGGAAAAUACACCAUUCAAUUCGGUUGAACAAUGUGGAUGAUUCAACCAAAAUGAACUGUGUAUUUUGCAAUUAUUUAACAAAAGAUUUCAAAAAAUUGAACGUUAAAAAAAGUUGAGACAAUUUCUACUUUCAUUCAACUUCGUUGAACAACUGAAAUGAUUCAUCCACAUUAACGCGUCUAUACAAGGUAUGUCGGUUGUGUUCGAUUCAACCGUUUAUUUCAUUUUGAAUUGUGGUGCUUGUUUCGUAUUUUAUUUAAAGAAAUACGUAAUAAUUUCAUUUAAUAAUGGUGCAUAGAUGUAAAAACAAAAAAACUCCAAUAUUUCUCGACUUAAAAAAUAACGAAUUGGAUCAUCUACAUUGUUCAACUGAAUUGAAUGAAAAACUCGGUUCAACUUCGUUCAAUAUUCAUUUUGGAUGAUCAUUUUCGACGAUUAAUAGUUUACACGAUUGAUUUAUUUUUCACUUUGGAUGAUUCAUCCGGGAUCAUCAUCCAAAGUGUACCGUGAAAACGCGCCUUUACAUAAAAAUCACGAAUUAAAUCAUCUACAUUGUUCAACUGAAUUGAAUGAAAAAUAAUUGAAGCGUGUAUAUGUAUGCUGUUCAAUUUGAUUGAACAAUGUAAUUGAACCAUCCACAUUGUUCAACCGAAUUGAAUGGUGUAUUUCCACCUUUAUAGCCCAUCGUAGCUCUCAUUGACUGGAGUAUAAGCUGCUGUAAUUAAAUACAUUGUUGCAACGUGUGGUGCACGAAACUGUGAUAAGAAUUGUUCUGUGAUAAUAUUUGAUAUUAAUAAAUUAUUAAUGAUUUUUUAAGAA